AGAGAGAGAGAAAGAGAGAGAGAGAGAGAGAGAGAGAGAGAGGGAGCGAGAGAGAUGAAGGGGAUAAAGAGAGGCGCCACCGCCACAUGAGGCGGCAAUUCGGUCAUUUUCCAGCAAACCUCGACUGCUAACACUCUGUGUGUGUGCACGAGCGUGUGUUCAAGUGGAGGAAGCAUAGGGAUCGAAUACUACGUGCAAAAAAGGAGGAUAUUAUACGAAUGGUGCUUGGGGUUGGAGCAUCUCUCUGUACGGCCGUAUCAAUCAGUCACUCCCUUCUUUUGAAGGCCAUAAAUAGCACGAUCAUGGCCUUUCACUGAUACACUCAUCACAGGCUAUACGCUGAGUCCUACACACAUCAUCAUCAUCAUUAUUACCAUCUCAAAUUUUUCAAAGUGUUGAAAGAAAACAAGAUGGUGAAUUUUUCUAAGCAGUAUGAAGGCCAGCUUGUGCCUGAGUGGAAAGAGGCCUUUGUUGAUUACGGGCAACUCAAGAAGGACCUGAAAAGAAUCCAUCUCCCUAUAAACACCCAACCAACCUCAUUGCCCAACAGAGAACAUGAACAUCAUCCUAGUACUCCUGUCACUGAGGCCGACACUUUCCUCUCAUCUCUGAAGAAGCUCAGUCCUUUUGGGCAUCAUCAGUCUAGGACCAAUGGUGCCAUUCAAGUGCACAAGAAACUUGCAUCUUCAGACAGAGAGGGUGAUUUGUAUGAGACUGAGUUGGUGGAGCAAUUUUCAGACCUUGAAGCAGCCAAGGAGUUCUUUGCAUGCUUGGACCACCAGCUCAACAAAGUGAACAAGUUCUUCAGGACCAAGGAGAAAGAGUUCUUGGACAGAGGAGAGUACCUGAAGAGGCAGAUAGAGAUCCUAGUCGAGCUCAAAGCAUUUGUCAGUGAACAAAGUGGAAAAGAUCCGUCGUCAGUCCAUGAUGUCGGGGAGGAGGAUAGUUCCAUUUCCUCGGCCGUGCCUUGUGAGAAGGAGUCCACAGUGAAAGGACAAGAUCAAGAACAAAUGCAAGAGAAAAAAGCCUUGGAAUUGGAUGAACUUGGGAAAAGUGACGAGCUGCCAUUGACCGAGUCUGCAAAAUGGGACGAGGUGGGGAAGUCUGGAACUCUAAAGAGGGAGUACAGUAAUAAAUUGAGGUCACUCUCAAGUCGGUCUUUCAGUUGCCAAGAGAACCUGAAGGUGAACAUUCCUCUGACAACGCCAUCUCGGGCCUUCUCAGCGAUCAGUGACCUGGUUUGGGAGGAUCUGAUCAGCCCGGUCUCAAAGAAGUCCAACUCUGAAGGCAAUUAUAAGACACAAAUUAACAGGACAAAGCUGCAGCAUGCAGAGAAGAUGAUCAAAAAAGCUCUCAUUGAACUAUACAAAGGGUUGGGUUAUCUGAAUACUUACAGGAACUUGAACAUCCUUGCAUUUGUAAAAAUUUUAAAGAAGUUUGACAAAGUUACGGGAAAGCAAGUUCUCCCGAUUUAUCUGAAAGUGGCAGAGAGCUCCUAUUUCAAUAGCUCUGACAAGGUGAUGCAUUUGGGAGAUGAAGUUGAAGAGCUAUUUGUCAAGCAGUUUGCUGAAGCUGACCGAAGAAAAGCCCUGAAGUACCUGAAGCCACUCCAGCAUACAGAGUCACACGGCACUACCUUUUUGUCGGUCAGGCUGUUCACCGGUUGCUUCAUUGCGCUCUUCACUGGAUAUGUCAUCAUGGCUCAUGUCACCGGCAUAUACAGAAGACAGGGAGAGGGAGAUCAAGUUUACAUGGAAACUGUGUACCCCGCUCUCAGCAUGUUCAGCCUGUUCUUUCUGCACUUCUUUCUCUAUGGAUGCAAUUUUGCAUGGCGAAAGGCACGUAUAAAUUAUAGCUUCAUCUUUGAACUGACCCCUACCGAGGAGCUCAAGUACAGAGAUGUGUUCCUAAUUUGUGCCGCGUCGAUGGCUGUUGUGGUAGGUGUCAUGUUUGCCCAUCUGUCUCUUCUCACAAAAAGGUCUUCGUACGAACAAGUCCAGUCAAUUCCUGGGCUUCUGCUACUGAGUUUCCUUCUAUUACUUGUAUGUCCAUGCAAUAUCUUCUACCGAUCUAGUCGAUACCGUCUCCUUAAAGUGCUAAGGAACAUCAUCCUCUCACCCCUCUACAAGGUGGUUAUGCUGGACUUCUUCAUGGCUGAUCAACUCUGUAGUCAGAUUCCAAUGCUCAGAAACUUAGAGUACUUAACCUGUUAUUACAUAAGCGGAAGCUAUAAGACUCAGGACUACGGAUAUUGCAUGCGGAACAAGCACUACCGAGACCUCGCCUAUGCAGUGUCCUUUCUUCCCUACUACUUGAGGGCAAUGCAGUGCGCUAGAAAAUGGUUUGAUGAAGGACACACAAGCGAUCUCGUGAAUCUAGGAAAGUACGUGUCGGCCAUGUUAGCAGCUGGAGCCAAAGUUUUUUAUGAGAAAGAACAGAGCCUCGGAUGGCUCAUCCUACUUGUGGUCAUCUCGAGUGGCGCCACGAUUUACCAAUUGUACUGGGACUUUGCAAAAGAUUGGGGCUUGCUCCAGAUGAACUCGAAGAACCAAUGGCUGAGGAACGAAUUGAUGCUUCGCCAAAAGUCUAUUUACUUCCUGUCAAUGGGUUUGAACCUCGUCCUCAGGCUCGCUUGGUUACAAACGGUCCUCCACUAUAGUUUUGGAAAUGUUGAUUAUAGAGUGAUGGGGCUAUUUUUAGCGGCCCUGGAAGUACUCAGAAGAGGCCUGUGGAAUUUCUUCAGGUUGGAGAAUGAGCAUCUAAACAAUGCAGGAAAUUUUAGAGCAGUUAAGACAGUACCCCUUCCCUUCCAUGAAGUGGAUGAAGAAGGGUGAUCAACCACUUGGCCUGAGUUGCAAGCAGAAUACAAUUCGGAAUUCGAAAUUUUCAACUUCUGUCAGGAAGUGGAUAUUGGAUUUUCUCGCCUUAGCAUUAGUUGAUGGAACAACUUGGCCGAAUCAAUUUUUGUGCGUUCGGUGUACUUUAGGAACAUGCUUCAAACUUGUAACAUUUUCUUUUUUUUUUUUUGUUCCCUUUUCCCCAGAAUGAAGUGGAUGAAAUAGAAAGCCGUCAAUGCAUCCAUACCCAGUUAAUGCAUCCUCCUCGUCGCCUCUUUCUGUUUAUUUGUUUGACACCAUGUCGGCAGCGGAAAAUUGCGACGUACUUUGGUCGCUCUCCACUGUUUCCAUUCACAUAUCUGAUAUUUCAAGUAGAAUCAAGGGGAAAUUGACACAA